AUGGAAAAACUAUUCAGAAACCAGAAGUUGAAUGUUAGCGUAAGAACUGUAAAGAGUGGUGAGGAGGUACUGUUUUAUGGAAAAGAUGUGGCAGAAUCUCUUGGGUACUCGAACACUAAAAAAGCAAUUCAAACUCACGUCUGGAAGAUAAAUAAGUUAACACUUGGAGAACUUAGAAGGGGACCCAACUUGGGUCCCCUUAUAGAUGGUCACCCAGAUUCUGUUUUUCUAAGAGAACCUGGUUUGUACCAACUAAUAUUCAACUCGAGACUCCCAAUAGCAGAAGCGUUCCAGAAUUGGGUAUUUACUGAAGUCCUCCCAUCUAUCCGUAAAACGGGAUCUUAUAACUUACCAGAUAAAAGGUCACUUAGGUACAACCAAAUAAUCCUUCUAAACGAAACGGACCUUCAUCACGCAGUUGUGAGUUACAUUAGAGAUAACUACCCAAAGGCUGUAAUAGUACCUGGUCUAGGUGAGUAUCAGGAUACAGUGUCAAAGAGAUGUGAUGCCUGGAAGAAGGGAUAUAAAGGUGGUCAACCAGAUCUUAUCAUAGAGAAUCCUAUGAAAAAGUACAAAGGAUUUGCUAUUGAAUUUAAGUCUCCCAAAGGCACUGGAGUUAUAAGUGAGAAGCAGGAUAUAUGGUUCAGGAAAUUGAGGGGAAUAGGGUACAUGACAAUGGUAUCGGAUGAUCUGGUAAAGACUUGCAUUAGAAUUAACGAGUAUUUCUCACUUAAGAAAACCGUAAGGAAAGCUGCAGCGAGGAACGUAGUCUGCGAUGUAAAGACGUACAGACCAAGGUUCAAUUCAGGUAAGUACUAA